AUGAUAUGCGAGGCUAGCCUGCUACCCAUUGCUUUAUGGCAGACCCUCGAUCUCUUUGCCUAUCUAUCUAGAAAAACUGCUUCCUCCACACAGAUUUGGAAUUUCAAUAGCAGCGAUUAUUACAAGCAAAAACCGAUUGUGUGUGAUGGAGUUGCGUGGGUGGUGGGGGAUGCAGAGAACGAAACACUUGUGACAGUACGGGCCUUGCAACGCGCCUCGACGCGUCAGGGGCGGGAUCUCGAGGCUAGCUCACGCGAGACGUCAAUAUAUCUGGACCCAGCGGACUCAAAUUUCCGCUCGUGGUGCUGGAAAGGGCGUAGAGUAGUUGGGUGGGUCGGAUUUUACCCACCGCUCCUGGCCGGCCCUCCUUCCACGCGUUCAUCUAUUCGAGGGACAAACUCACAUAUACUUUCUUCUUCCUCUUCACUUUCAUCACACGCUCUCUCUCUCUCUUUCUCUAUCUCUCUCUUUCUCUAUCUCUCUAUCUCUCUUUCUCUCUCCCCAACAUUUUGCUUUCUUACUUCUCUCUCUUUUCGUUCCUCUGUCUUUGAACACAUCGUGAUAUCUAUUAGUCUUGAUCUUUUCAUGUAUUUAUUCGUCAGUUUAUCUAUCUAUCUAUCUAUCUAUCUAUCUAUCUAUCUAUCUCAUUGUUUUCAUAGCUAUCCUAGUCUAGAGAUAAGUAACCAAAAUCAUUCCUUUCUAUCUAUCUAUCUAUCUAUCUAUCUAUCUAUCUAUCUAUCUGUGUCAAUUUGUUCAUUAUCUAUCUGUUGCGUUGUCUUCGUAUCUAUUUACGAUUUCUAUCUGUCUAUAGAUAGAAAUUUACAAAUAUAUGAGCAAACUGAAGUUUAUAUCAAUUUGAUUCAUAUCUACCUGUUUCUCUAUCUAUAG